AUGAGCUUCUCGUACUAAAUCACAAAUCCAACGGUUAAAAAUAUCCCACGUUAUGCGGACCCCACUGCCACGUCAUCCUCUCUCUCAUCGCCACCUGACUCGCCACAUAACAUUUCCCCGCAAGCAAAACAGUCCAUUCCCACUCUCUCCUCUCUCCUCCUAACCUUCGCUCCUCUCCUCCGGCAACGAUAUUAUCACAUGCAGUUCACGGAACCUUCUCCGACAGACCUAUAAAAACCCCCCCUUUCCUCCAUGUACUUACAGCCGGAGAAACCCCGGCCCCUUGACCUAGCCGCGACGGAGGAAGACGGAGAAAUGAUGCUCGAGGUCGUCACCAAUGACGGCCUGCCACCUCACCACCACCCCGUCGUCAUCGGCGGCGGUCCUCCCGGCGGAGGCGAGAGCAGCGGGAGCGAGGAGCUGGAGAUCAAAGCCCCAAAGAAGCGGGCCGAGACUUGGGUCCAAGACGAGACACGGUGCCUGAUAACGUUCCGGCGAGAGGUCGACGGACUGUUCAACACCUCGAAAUCGAACAAGCAUCUGUGGGAGCAGAUAUCGGCGAAGAUGAGAGAUAAAGGAUUCGAUCGGUCACCGACUAUGUGUACAGACAAGUGGAGGAAUCUUUUGAAGGAGUUUAAGAAAGCUAAGCAUCAUCGAGAGAGAAUCAAUGGCCGCGACGGUAGUUGUGGCUCCGUUAAGAUGCUUUACUAUAAGGAGCUUGAGGACUUGCUUUGUGAUAGAACCAAGAAUGCUAUGAACAAUGUUAUUAAUGCUAUUUCGCCCUUCCCUGCAGCUCCAGCUACUACUCCAACUGCUGCGAAUAGUUCGUAUAUCCACUUCUCCGAUAAAGGCCUUGAAGAUGCUAAUAUUCCUUAUGGAUCAGCUGAAGCUGGUGAUCGGUCAGCAGUGAACCUAGAAAGACAGUUGGAUCACGAGAGUGACCCCCUUGCCCUUACCACCACUGAUGCAGUUACAGCUGGUGGAUUACCCCCUUGGAGUUGGAGAGAGACCCCAGGAAGUGGAGGAGAGGGCAACAGUUAUUGUGGAAGGGUUAUCUCGGUUAAAUAUGGGGAGUACACUAGAAGGAUUGGUAUUGAUGGAACUGCAGAUGCAAUUAAGGAGGCUAUCAAGUCUGCCUUCAGGUUAAGAACAAAGAGGGCAUUUUGGUUGGAGGAUGAAGAUCAGGUUGUCCGGACUCUUGACAGGGACAUGCCAAUAGGAACUUACACUCUUCACCUUGACGAAGGAAUAACAAUCAAAAUUUGCCUCUACCAUGAUUCUGACCGCAUAACUACAGAAGAGGCAACAUUAUACACGGAAGAUGAUUUGCGCAAUCUCCUUGCACGGCGUGGCUUGUCGGGACUAAGAGAGAUAGAUAGCUAUAGAUCUGUUGAUACUUUGGAUGAUCUAAGACCUGGUGCGGUAUACCAGGAUGCGAGGCUUAUGGGGGAAUAAUAAGUUUUACCUUAUAUCGAAGAUGUUUUGCAUUUGAUGUUGGAUUUUCCUGGCUUAGAAUGCAGCUGGUGUAGAGAUGGUUAGGCAUUAGAUUCAGCAAAUUGUGAGAUACAUAUUAUAUCAUCCGUAAUCGUUUUCUUUGUACAGUCAAUAGUCACAGAGUUGAUCUCUAUCAACCAGGCUUCUCAGGUUUUUCUGUUCCUAUAGUUCAUCUCUAUCCUCAGUAUAUAAUAUGAUGACUUGCUUGUUCUGGUUAUCUUCUUUAA